GAGGUCAGGGAAAUGAGGCCCGUUUAUCAAAUCAACGCAGCAGAAACGAAGAGUUCAUCUCCUAGAUCCUGCGUCUCAGGGAGUCAAGAGCCUCUUUUGGUUCUUUUUUUAAAUGAUAAUAGUAUAGGUGUUUUACAGGAAACUGAUGAUGAUGAAGCCAAUCGAGUAACCAGGAUACUUGGUCACGAAUUUCUUUUGCAGCGCAGUCGUGGACGACGAAACCCUUAUUGUGAAGUCUGUAUUAGUACAAUAUGGCGCUUGGUUCAGUCAUGGCGACGUUGUAAAGUUUGUGGUCUUCGCACACACGACAAGUGUUUGAAUGAGGUGCGUCGCGUAUGCGCGGGAAUUACCAUUUCUCGUCAUGAUUUCUCUCUACCCAUCAACAUUUGUGAAGAGCGCGGUCUAUGUGCCCAGAACUAUGCGUGUGCUGAGUGCGACACUCAUUUGGAUUAUGACGGUCAUGCUAGUAUACAGCCUCGAUUGUGUGAGUAUACCGGACUUCUAUUCUGUUCUAACUGUCACUGGGGUGAUGUGUGGCCCAUACCAGCCAGGAUAUUCCACAACAUGGACGCAAUCCCUCGUCCGGUGUGCCGUGCUGCCAAACAGCUUCUAGCAAUUGUCGAUCCUCGUCCACUAAUCGACAUGUCUCAAGCAAACCCGUUGCUUUUCAAGCAUCACAAGAAAUUACAACGACUGCAACGACUACGACAAGACUUCUUGUUCAUGAAGUGCUAUUUCAUCAGCUGUCGGAAUGCAGCAAAACUACGUAUUUUGCAAUAUCUCAAUCGUCAUCAACACUUUGUCGAAGGAGCUGAUAUGUAUUCGCUGGCAGAUCUGAGAGAACUCUGUAUAGGUGGUCUGUUAGAAGAUCUUGAAGACAUACAUACUGUAUUUCGUCGCCAUAUUGAAGACGAAUGUGAGAUUUGCACAGGAAAUGGGUUCUAUUGCGAGUUGUGUGAGGGCACUGAGGGACGUGAUCAGGUUUGCUAUAUUUCUGACGUCCUCCAUAAUGUAGAAUCAUUCUGUUUGGCUCAUUCUGUGCAAUUGCUUUCAAGGUCGCUUAACUGCCAGCUGUGUAAAAGUUAUUGGCAAAAAUCUGUGAAGAAAUUCGCAGCAAUGACAACAUCAUGUGUUAGGUAG